AUGGGAAGCAAACGCCGGAGAUCGGUAACAGCCGUGAUUCUCAUCUUCUGCGCCAUCUCUUGCUUGAAAUCUGUCUCAUCUGGUCAGGUUGGAACAAAUUCCGAUCAUAUUCCUCCGUUGUUGUGUAUCCACGAUCAAUACAUUAUGCAGUCUUAUUCCACUAGACACACUUGCUUAAACGACUCUGAGUUUCGAAACUAUCUGCUUAGUCAACAAUGUUCCCAUAAAGAUCCAAACAUUGUUCCUCCUGUAUCAUCAUUGCUACAAGGCACAAGAAACAUAACUGGUCAAGGCUCACAUCGUAAUCUUCUCACAUCCAUCAAUCUUCUUCGUCUUCCUCACUCACAACAAUCUCAUCUUAACGAGCUCGUGAUUGUUGAACGCUUGCCUUUGGGAGUUUUCGCUGAUCCUUUUGAGCUUCAGAGUCUCCAGCAACGAAGAGCUUUCAAAGACGUGUCUGUGUUUGGAGACACGAAUCUUGAGCUGCCUUCGUUCAGAUCAAACAGGUCUGUCGUUGAGAUUCAUGUAGAAAUCAGUUCUAGAGAUUAUGAGAAUGGUGAAAUCAGCUUGAACCUUCCUUUGCAUGCUCGGUAUCAGUCUCUGGAAGAGAGUGGAUACUCUAGAGUGGUGUUUGGAGAGCCAGACUUGUUCCUAUGCUCGAGCUACGUACCAAACCAGGAGCAAGAACAGAGAACGUGUUUGGUUUUGUCGAUAGGCGGAUUCAAGACUGAAGAAGAAAGCAGAUCUCUUGUCUGGGAAAUCCCUGCCGGAAUCAGAGAUCAUACCGAGUAUGUUUCUGCUUUUACAUUCGCAGCAGCAGUUUUAUCAGCAAUUUCGAUCCUCUUAGCAUCGGUUUUUAGCUCAAAGGUUGAAUCUUGCAAGAACUCAAAGCAGUCAUGA